AUGGCCAAGUAUACAGACGAAAUAGAGCAAUGGAGGGCUAAUUUGGAAAAAAAACAGAGUAUGCCUGGGGGAAUACAAGAACUUGAAGAAAUGAACGAAAAAGAUCUAGAGAGAGAAAUACGAAUGUGGAAAGAAGGUAAUAAUGGUAAAAUGACACAGGAUUGGAAAGAAAAUUACUCACAACAAGGUCUACCAUUGACUGGAAUUAUUGGAAAAUUCACAUACAAACAGGAAAAACGAGAUGAAGGAUCAGGUCAAAACGAAAACAAAUAUGCAAAUCAGAAAUCACGAUUAACUGAACAAGACGUAGAGAAACAAAUACGGUUGUGGACAGACGCACAUCCGAAUAAAGAAAUCAAAGAAUUAAAGAUACAAUUAGACGCCCCGCCAUUAACCAAUGAUCCCACAUCAAAGAUACUACUAGACUGGAAAGAGAAACAAUUACAAUUAGAAAAAGAGCGUAACAAAUGGUUCGAACAACAGAUAGAACUGCAUUUAUCAUCAAUAGAAAAAUUAGGUUUGCAAAAAGUAAAUGAAAAUAAAAAAGAAAACCUAAUAAAAAAUGAAUCAGUCUAUUAUGAAAGAUUAAAGGAAAAUGAAGACGUUUCAGAAGAAGAAGUUGUUCCAGAAGAAGAAGUUGUGCCCAAUCCAGUGACAGAUAAAGAACCUGUAAUAAACAUUUCGAUUGGUGAAUCAGACGAGUCAAGUGACUCCGUUAGUGACGAAGAUGAUGAACCAACGGACGUUAAGACUACACAAGUUAAUGAUAAAAAAGAUGAAUCACAGAAGCCUCUAAGUAGUUCCGAGAAGAAGGCACUACAAUGGAAGGAAAUUCUAUUAAAAACCAAUAAUGAUGGACAAAAGAUGACAAAUACAAAGAGUAUAGAAAACAAAGUUCGAGAGGAAUUAGCAAAAAUCAUGGCAAGUGAAGAUAAAAACCCAACAAAAACAAAAAAUAAUAAUUUUGUAAAAGCCAUGACUAAUAUUGCCAACUCAACAAAAAUCAAGAUAAAAGAAUUGUUGAAGAAACAAUUGAAAAAUCAAAUGGGUAACAAUACGCUUAUGAAGAUGACACCUAAGAAAAACUCUUUACGUAGUUCUCUCUUAAAACAUAAGAGUGCUACCAAUAAAGCUCCAGGAAAAUGCAUUCAGAAGUGUUUCGCACCAAAAUGUAAAGUUCAAUGCUUGGGACACGGCGCAUCGGCAGCGUGCAGUGCAAACUCUUGCAGUGCUGUGACUAGAGGUCUAGAUUCUGCAUCCUUAUGUACGGGAGAACUAUGUGAUGCAUUGUGCUACAAAGAACAAUGCAUAGCGGCGUGUGAAGGUCCAGUUUGCUUUGCCAAAUGUCAGGGCAAAACAUGUCACGCAGUGUCUAAAGGUCGAGCGUCACAAUCAGCGUGCAUGAAGGAUGAUUGUAUGGCUUAUGCAACCGGCCCAGAAGUCAAUACAAAGUGCAUAGGAGCGAACUGUCAAGCUCAGUGUAUGGGGCUAAACUGUGAAGCCAGGUGCGAAGGCUCGAACUGCAUUGCCGGGUGCAGCGGAGAGAAAUGCCGGGCCGUGUGUUCCGGCAGGAACUGCCAAAAGUCCAUCAGUCCAGACUCUAAUAUUGAUGAAAUACCAAUAACAAAACCAGACUACAUUGAAGGUGAUGUCACAAGUGAUGAAGACGUCUCCGCGCUCAAAGAAGAUGAAGGUGGAAUCGAUAAUCAAGGUCAAAACUUCGAACUAUUAGAAAUGGAUGAUGAUACUACAAACGAUGAUGAAAAAAUAUCAUUAAAUUACGCUAUAAAUGUCCAAUUAACUGAUCAAUUCAUUGACUCUAUAAAGAAGAAACUUACUUAUUUGAGGAAUAGUAAUUUGUUGCGAUUACUACCUAAGACAUUGAGUAACAUUUAGGAUAAUUUUCUAGACAUGGCUGGUUACUCUCGUAAAUAUAUUGAGUAAAGCUCAACUUGUUUCAAGUUACAAAAGGACUCUUCCUCGUGAGCAGCGUGCGCAGUCGCGGCGACGUCGCUGUGACUCGAAACUAAUAGAGCUAUUCUCAGUUAUAGUGACCCGCCAUUUCUAGUUAAUUAUGUCUUUUGAUGGUCAUUAUAACAAAAUUUAGUCAAUGUUGCAUGAAAUUGUUGAUGAGAGGUCUACCUCUGGCAUCAUUCUUAAGGCUAAAUAAUCUGCUGUUUUAAGUAAUAAUCUACAGGGUAUAUAAGGAACGCAUCCAAAACGCGAAGACCGGUGAUAAUAACACCUGCGACUUUAUUUUUUUUUAAGUAAAUGUUUUUUUUCGUGG